CUGCAUGUACUGUACGUUGUCGUGCAGUGAAGAAACGAAGCAGGCCUACACGAAUAGAAGUCAAUCCCAUCAAUAUUUUUACCCACAAUUUUAUCAAAUAAAACCUUCAGUCAACUUGAGUGUGAGAACUAAGACACCCUGAAGUAAAAUGCCUCGCAGUGUGCAGAGUACACAGUCCGCCGGCAGCAGCGGCUCCCGGCACGCCAACACCCGCAAGUACUUCACCGUCAGCAAGACCUCCACGGUGGAUGAGUCGCUGUUCGGCGAGCACAACGCCGUGGCCAGGAGCCGGCGCAACGAGUCGCGGUCGGCUGAGCCCGUGCUGGAGACGCAACCGACUAACGGGAAAAAGAGGACUUCUGGCAAGAGGGAAGUGGUGCAGGUCAUCACCAAAGACCUGAUUCGCAACCUAAUUGUACCCAGGGACGACCCAUCCGGCCAAUCCGUGGUGCUUCCCCGCGGGGAGUACCACCGCAUCAUCAACGCAGCGCGUGUCCUGACGCAGGAGGAACGCAACGCCAUCGAGGAGAGAAGACAGAGGGAGAAGGAGGCUGCACAGGAGGCAGUUAAUGAAGGCAAACUGCAGAUGCAAGCCCGGGACCGCGCCCGACAGAAGAAUGAGAAACUGAACGACCUGGAGGAGGAGGCCAAACAGAAGGCAGAGUACCUCCUGCAGAAGGCCAAGGAGCAACAGGAGGAGCAAGAGGAUGAGAUCAAACAUCUCAACGAGCUGAUUCUCAACGCCAAGUGCCACGCCAUCCGGGACGCCCAGAUCCUGGAGAAGGGACAGAUCAAAGAGGAGAGAACGGACGAGGAGAAACGGCUGGACCUGAUGAUGGAGGUGGAACGCAAGAGGUCGCUAGAGCUGCAGGAAGAAAUCGAGAGGCAAAAGAAGGAAGAGAGAUAUGAGGGUGCGUCACAGGUUCUCACCCAGAUUGCCCAGAGGGAGGAGGAGCGAUUGCUGGAUCAGGAGCGCCGAGACCAAGAGGCCCAGCACAUGCUCAAGUAUCUGGAGAAACUCCAGAUGGAAGACCUCAAGGAGCUGGAGCGCAAGCAUCAGAUGACCCUGGAAGCGCAGAAGGAGAUUUCCCGGGCCAACCAGGAGGCAGAGGAGCAGCGCGUCCGACGCCAGGAGCAAGAGAAGUUGGCCGACCUGAAGGUGACCGAGUUCACCAAGAAGAAGGCGGCGAGGGAGGCCGAGUUUGAGGCCGAGCAGGAACGCAUCCGCGUGGAGAAGGAGAAGGAGAUUGCCCGACUGCGCGCCAUGCAGGAGCGUGCCAGGGACUACAUGGCAGAGAAGGACGCCCUGCGGGCCAAGCGCAACCAGGAGCAGAGGGAGCGGGAGUGGAGACAGAAGGAGAAGGAGGAAGCCGUGAAGAAAGCCGAGACGGAGCAGAUGCUCAAGAUUGCCCGGGAGGUGCAGGUCCAGAACAAGGAGCACUUCCUGGCCGUCCAGGCCAAGCGGGAGCGUCACGAGUUUGAGCGUGUCCUCAAUGCACAGAACGAGGCCAUGGAGAAGGAGCAGGUCGAGGAGCAGGAUCAGCACGACAAGCGGCUGAGGCACGCCGAGGACGUCCGCAAGCAGAUCCGCCAGAAGGAGCAGCUCAAGGUGUCUGAGCGGCACUCCUUCUUCGAGGAAGGGGUGCGACUGAACGAGGAGGCCCGGGCCCGCCGCAGCAAGCUGGACGCCAUCAAGCAGAAGAAGCUGGAUGAACUCAGAAAUGCCGGCGUUCCCGAGAAAUACUGCAAGGAGGUUGAGAGGAGGAUAGAGGGACCGGCGGUGGCGCUCUUCCAGUAGAAAGUUCUCCCGCGUAAUGAUCUCUUGUAAAUUUGUCAUCAGGAGGGAAGAUUGGGUUAGGCCAGCGGGGGAACACCUCCGCAAAACUUGGGUGAUAAUGAAUACAACUGGCUCUCAAGUUGGAUUUUUUUUUAAGUCUGUAUUAAUUUUCCAAAAAGGUGUUUCCAUGAAAUUUGUUUAUUGAGAAAGCAGAUUUCCAAUGUGUUUUAGGUAGAGACAAAAUAUUGUUUGUUUUGAACUUGUAUGUGUAUAUAUUAUAAUAAUGACUGCAUUUUUAAGAAGUAAGGAUGUCUAUUUCAGGCAUGCUGCUGGGAAUUUAUAAGAAAACAAAUAUGAGCAAACUCUAAACCACACAAGACUUUGUACAGUGUUUUUCAAUUUGUAAUGGCAUUCAUGAUGAGAAGCAAAAAGCGAGGAAAUCAACGGAUCUGAGGAAAAGUUGCAUGCGUGUAAUUUGGAGAUGUCGUGAUUUGAUGGACCCAAAUGUUCACUUGAGCAUUGGUUUUUGCAACAUGAGGCGCAUUGUUGUCAUGACAUGCAUGUAUCCAAUAUUGAGUAUUCAUAAGCUUGAAAUUCAUGCCUUGGUAAUGAGAUUAUCAUUAUUUAUUUUUUUGAAAAAGUAAAAGUGCCCAUAUCAGGGAUGAGGGAAGAACUAGUCUCUUUUACAAACUACAUGUACAUGUACUUGUGCAGGAAACAUAGCAUCAGGGAAGCCACAAAAUGAGGCUAAGGGAAUGCUGCGGUGUAUUCGCCAGGGCGUUGUGGGCAAAAUUAAGGUCAAAGGUUCGAGUGGGUACUUUAAAAUGUAAACACACCAGGUACACUGUGGAGUUGUCUUCCUCACUGGUAAGUUUAGUUUUAUCACUGUAACCAGAUCAAUAAUAGCUGAAAUCAGAGGAUAUGCUCUGAAUUAUCACAAAUAUGGCCAUCCAAUUGAACAUUGUUGUUAAUCAGGAAGUAUCUGUGUGAUUAAUCUCGCCACUGUACAUGUACACGCUUCGAAUUCAAGUUCCCGCCGUUUGCAAUCUAACUAGCCACGAAAUCGUCCAGUUACGCCAUUUCACCAGGUCAGCCGAGCCACCAAAGAUGCGUUCGCGAGCUGGGGCAGUGGUGGUUGACACCGGGGCAGACACGAGUGUAACGUGAUGGCUUAAUUGAACGCUCUCGUGUAAGAUUUACUUUACACAUGUUAAUCCGUCAUGGCCGUUCCGAAUACCGCAAAACCUUUGCGGGUACACACGUCAUCCGGCGUGAACUGGUUAUAAAUGAAGAUGCAUAUUUUGUUUUUGGUCCAUAUGUACACAUGGUCAACAGUUUACAAAAUUAGAGCUAAAAUUAGCCAUCACCUGCACUCAUGAUAAGAUAUUUAUUUGGUUCAUCAGAUUUCUAAACGUAAAUAGAACCAAAGGAUGCCUUCCUACAUUAAUUAAUGCCUUAAGUUUCAGUUAACGGUGCUAAUUUCUUCCAAAUUAUCACUCCGUCCGAACUUCAGAUCUCAAGCACCAGUUUGUUGCAGCACGAAAGAGAAACACUAGUUGAUGUUACACUAGUUGAUGUUUAUGUUUUUAAGCAUGGAAAUUAAAUUGUUGCAACUGUAGAACCAAAACAUGUUUUCCAUUGUACAUAAUGUAAAUACGUAAAUACUGAUGUACUGUAUUUUAUUCUGUGAAGACCAAGAUUGAUUGCUUUUGUACACAUAGUUCCUCCUGCAUUGCGUAUGUAGUGCCUUAUACUUCCGUUUGAAUGUUGAAUUGUUAUACAGUACAUUGUUUAAAAUUAA